UAAUACACUUUGCACAAAGUGUAUAACAAGAUUAUAGUCGGACAAAAGUCGUUUUCGUUUUCAUUUUCGUUUUGUUCCAUUCACUUAAUAAAAGAGACAAUAACUGCGUUUGCCCGCCGCAAAUAGAGAGAUCUGAGAAUUAGCGAUGGCGUCUCUUUGCCGAUUGUUUGCGCGGCGCCACAUGUCCAUGAUAAUGCGUCAAAAUUUUGCCAAAAGCUGCGAGGAGAAGCUUAACGAUCAGAUCAAUAUGGAGCUGAAAGCCUGCCAUCAGUACUUGGCAAUGGCCUACCAUUACGAUCGGGCCGAUGUCAGUUCACCGGGCGUCCACAGGUUCUUUCUGCAGGCCAGCAACGAGGAGCGUGAGCAUGCCGAGAAGAUCAUGAAGUAUAUGAACAAGCGUGGGGGCCUCAUACGCCUCAGUGCCGUGCCCGUGCCCAUAGCCUGCUUUGAGGACACUCUGGCCGGACUGAAGCAUGCCCUGCAAAUGGAGCUGGAGGUCAAUCAGCAUCUGCUCGAUGUGCAUGCCCUGGCCGGGCAGGAGAACGAUCCGAAUCUGUGCGAUUUCAUUGAGGCAAACUUCCUCCAGGAGCAGGUCGAUGGCCAAAAGGUGCUCGCCGACUACAUACGACAAAUGGAGCGGGCCCAGACCGAUCUGGGGGAGUAUCUGUUCGACAAGUAUAUCACCACGGCGGGCAUGCAUCCCAGCCCAGAUGCGAAAGGACACUGAACCCACCUCCGUUUUUUGUAUACCCAAAAAAAAAUACUUU